AUUGUCGCUUUCAGCUAUCUCAAGGCUACCUCCUCAUUCGCAGAUGGACUGUGGUAACGGCUUCCAGAUAAAUUUGGAACAUUCUUCAGAAAAUCCUCUUGUUUGUUCAGUGUGCUCAGGUCGUGAAGUGUUUGGUAUAUUAUCUGCUUGUCUGCAUGUAGUAUGUGUAACAUGUGCAGAAUAUAUGCGUAAGGAUGAUGUAUACCGUUGCAUUUUAUGCAAAGAAUCAAGCCAAAAGAUUAUCAGUAAUCCUAACAUUUGUAAUUCCGAAAACACCAAUAAGUCACCCACAUGCAAUUGGUGCCAUGACAAUGGAGAACAGACGAAAUCAAUCGGACAUUGCGAAGAUUGUGACAUAUGGUUAUGUGGAGAAUGCCUAAAGGGUCAUAACAGAAUGCCUCCAUUACGUAACCAUAACAUUACACUGCUUUCAAAAAGCGAACAUCUAGGCUCACUACGAUGUGAAGCACACCCGAACGAAGCACUAGAAUGCUUCUGUGAGGCUUGUGGAGUAUUAACUUGUCGUGACUGUCAGCUAUCAGUUCACAGAGAUCAUGGAAGCCAUCGGUGGGUUGGAGAGAAAGCUGUUCAACUAAAGGCUCCUUUAGAAGAGGGGAUUCAAAACCUCAAAGAAUCAGGAAAAAAAACUAUCUUCUGCCUUACUUUGUGCUACUAGCGCUCGUACUUGCAUGGAGGACAGCUUCAUAUUCAGUGUGGAAAAAGCUCGUCAAGAUAUCAAGUCACGGACGUCUUCCCUCAUUGAUUGCAUUCAAAAUCGUUCUGAAUGCCUCUUGAAUGAACUUGACAAAAAGGCAGAUACAUAUAUUGGUCGACUACAGGAGACGGAAAAUUUGAUACGUAAGCUCCAGGAACAGAUAAAUUUUGCGUCGGCAUUUUCCAGUCAUCUCAUUCAAAAUGUAGACAAUGAUCCUGCUAGCUUAGUGCAAUUGUAUGAAACUGUCAAACUUCGACUUGAUUUGCUUCAAAUACUGUCUGAACAAGUUUUGAGUGAUUCGCCGUCCGUGAUUGAUUCAUUGGAUCAAAAACUGAAAGAUCGAGUUAAAGAGUCCAGUUUAUGGUCUGAAAAUGUUAUUGGCUGGCAUACUAUGGUCAAUACACGAGCAUUGUUUCUUGGCACCUGGGAUGCUGAGGAAUUAUGUCGAUAUUCUGGAACAAUAGCAUGGUUACCCAAACAAGCCAAAAAUACCUUUUCUCUCAAGGACAAUAAUCAAACAUUUAGCAGUCAGGUGGUUGUAAAGACAGAAAAUGGAUUAUCGAAAAAUAAUGACUUUGCAAGUAAUCAACUUUCUGCUGAUACGAAUGAUUUUCUGGAUUCUCUAGCAGAAUUGGAUGGUGAUAAAUGGACAUGUGGAGAAGCUAAUGGUGAAUCUAAUUCUUCUCCAGUAGGAUGUGCUAUCUGUUUUGGAGUUGGACUACUCGCACACUGUGGGCGUUGUAACCGGGCAUAUCACUUGGAUUGUCAUUUGCCUCGGAUAAAAAGUAUUUCAUUAACGCCUAGUUGGGUUUGUGGUCUAUGCGCCGACGAUGAGGUUGAUUCAGCUGUUCAUGUUGAGCAGGCAGUAAAUGGAAGGCUUUCUCGCAGUGAUUAUCUAGCAGGGUGUCGAAUUUUGAUGGGUUUGCUAGUUCACGAAGAAGCUGUUCAUUUUACUGCAUCGGUUUGUCCAGCAUGUUCGGUUCCCCUUCUAUCUACUAGUCAAUCCAUGCCUCAUUGUCCUGAAGGUCAUCUUUAUCAUCGUCUUGCAGAACUUCGGUUAUACUUAGAAGAAGCAGCUUCCUCUCCAAAUGGUCGUUCAGAUACAUAUUCCGAUCCUUAUUCAGACAGUAAUCAAUGUCAUUUCACUUGCCUCAGUGAUUGGCUCAUAGAGGUAGAUAAAUUUUGGUCAGAUGCUGCUAAAGAAACUAAUGUAAGUACCAUUAUAAAAUAAUAGAAAACAUUAAUAAUAGUUUGACAGAAAUAAUGCUAAUUUUCAAUACAUAAGGGUUUUUGAAGAAUUCCAUUAGCAUUACGAAUUGUUGCAGGUUUUUCAAAAUUGUGUAAAUCUCUCCAAGGAAUGUCAAGGUUAUUAAAAUGCUUGUUCGUAAUUUUAAGUCAUCACGUGACGUAUUAUUAUUGAAUUGAAGUGUUAGUAUAUGUGCACAAGGUAACUAAUGCUAAGGCUGUUAAAGUAACAGUUUUCAGAUGGACAAUGCCGUUUUCCGUCAAUUUCCUAACCCUGAUCGAUUAUUAAUAAAAAGGCAAAUUAGUACAGGGAAACUGAGAAAACUGUACUUCUGAAUAGAUAGAGGUAAGUUUGAAUACUUGCAUUUAUUCCACAUCUCGUAUAUCUUGAGAUAAGUGUCAUUCCAUGAUUUACAUUCUUCAGUCUCGUUAGUUCUUUCUGAUCUGUAAUUCUUAUAUUUAGCUUUCUAUUAGAGUGGAGGUUUCCUCACCUCCCAUAUUUCUUAUCUUAUUACUUUCCUCUCUCGGUUUACUGCUAUGAGGUGCCAUAAAUCAAACCAAUACACAUUCAUAUGAAACUAUACUUGAACUCUGCCUGACUAACUUAGAGGUUUCAUUCAUAAAUGAGGCCCAGUUAAGCUUGCAUAAUAUAUGGCACCAAACCUUGUAAGUCCAAGAGUUUUGUAUGAGCUGUGACAAAUUCUUGGGCAUUGUUCAAUCAUUUCCUUGGGACAAGUAUCACAAAGUUGGAGAAUAUUGGCUAACAUGAGUAAACUAUAUUCAUUUAUGCGGUCGAUCACCAUUUUUAUUUAGAUCGCUUCAUCAAAAAUAGGUGAUUAUGCUUUUGUUUGUUUUAGAUUCGUGGCUCCACUAAGGGGUGUCUACAAGCAGCACGUCGGCUUCGAUCUCGUCUAAACUCACUUGUUCGUGAACAUCGACCGGACUGUGAAGCUAUUUUAUCGGGCAAAACAAUAGCUAAUGAUUUGAUCAGUGAACCACUUAGUAAUAAUCCAUCUGUUGUAGAUAACUAUGUACCAGAGCCGUAUGUAUUGAAUACAUCUCCCGUUCCUCUGAAAAACGAAGUUGGUGAAUAAUAGUUCAGUAAAAGCAUCAGCACUUGUAUAACCCGGUUAACUAAGCAAGCAAGCAGUUCAAUAUACACUCCCUAGCAUAUGUACACUAUAUAUAUUUCAUAUUGUAUUAUCCCAUUUUUGUAUAUGUACAAGUAUGACUGUUUUUUCAUAUUCCUUACUUUGUUAAGCAAGUUAUCUAUAAGCUAUUCUUUUUUUGUACACUAUACUUGAUAUUGUAUUUUAGUGUUACGCAAUCUUUUUGUUACUUGACAAUAACACUAUCUCUUCAUUUCCCAAAAUGUAUGGAAGCAUUUAUGUAUUUAUAUAUCUGUUGUUUCGUUGAAUGCUCUAUUUAAGGAGGAUACAUAACCAAAUGUGUAAAUCGUCACCUGUUCCUCUUCUACUCUAAGGUAUCCAUAAUCUGUUUUGCAUAUAAAUAUCUUAGUUGAGGAGUUCUCAUAAUAUUGUCAAGUCAGAGUCUGUGUAAAGCUAUAAUUAAAACAAAUACAAAUCAACCUUCAACAAUUUAUGUUUUAAACAUUAGCGGUGACCCAACGUAAUAAAACAGGAGUACAUUGAUAGUAAUAAACAGAUUAAAAUAUUUAUGGACUCGCAUUUUUUAUACGAAGUAGUUGUAUCAAGAUAGACCACACCAAUGUUGGGCUGAUUAUAAAUUUCAGUAGUUUAGAGUGAAUCGGAAUUGAUUACUUGUCUAGUUAUUAACAUCAC